AUGGUUACUUGUGCGUGUGUGUACAGUGUUGGCUUUAUUAUUUGUCAGAAAACUAAUAGUUUAGUUUCUACAGGUGUACGUUUACCUCCAGCAGGCUUACAAAUAGAAAAUUCUAGAUGCCCUGCAGAUGAGCGCAUGUUCUGUGGCAAUUGCAGAACUUCUAUUUUCGAUGAUCACAGAAGUUGCUCAAACUGCUCUUCUGAUCUUUGUCUUGUCUGUUGCUGGGAGAUUCGUGCUGGCCAAUUGCAAGGUGGCAGGCCUGAUGUUGUUAUGGAGUAUGUUAAUGGAGGAUUUGACUAUUUGCAUGGUGGACAAAGGAAACGAAAACAUGAAUUGCCAGCUGAAUUACCUAAAAUGACUGGCUCUGCGGGUUUUAUAGGGCCAAAGUCUGGAUGGAAAGCAAAUUGGGAUGGAAGCAUUCAGUGUGCUUGUGGUCGUGACAAUUUACAACUAAAAGUUUGUUCCAAACACAGAAAUUUUGCAGUUUCAGUUUCAGAGUUGGUAAUGAAAGUUGAAGAUAUGUUCAAAAAUUGUGAAAUUAACUGGGCUAAUGCCGCUAUUGAACCAUGUGCAUGUUUUGAUUCUAAUGGCAAUCUUGAUAUCACUGAGCCUGUGAUUGUUAGCAAUCUGCUUGAAACUGUGUUUAGGUUAAGUUUGGAGCCAAUACCCAUGUGGCAUGCCUUCCGCCAGAUCAAACAUGAAAAACAUGGUACUCUUUUGGAUGUAAAGGCAAUUGACUGUUUGGAUUGCUGUGAGGAGUAUACCCAUCCCUGUAGUGGACCUUUAAACCUCGCUGUCAGGUUGCCUCAGAAUUCUUUGAAGCCAGACUUUGGGCCAAAGACAUAUAUUGCUCAUGGAUUUCCUGAAGAGGUUGGGCGUGGGGAUUCUGUUACCAAGCUUCACUGUGACUUGUCUGAUGCGGUGAACGUAUUAACUCAUACUGCUGAGGUGUCCUAUAAAGAUAAACAACUUGUUGAAAUACACGAUUUAAAGCUUGUUCACUUCGAACAAGACCAAAGAGAACUUUUUGGAUCUGAUCAGAAUGUGGAUGAAGUUGAUGAUAACAAGAAUGGUGUUGUUUCUGGUAGGUCAGUUAAUGAUGAUGUGCUUAUUGUCUGGUGA